AUGCACGUGCCUGCUAGUGCUUUUUCGGCAGACUGUCUCUCUACAAUACUCCACUCCAUGCCUCAUGUAGGUAUCCUGCCUUAUUAUGUAGGACUGUAUAAGGUAAAUUGCAAUGGGCCAAGAGGCAUGAACCGUCAGGUAAAGCACGGCGUUCGACAUGCCAUCGCUUGUGGCAUCCAUCCCUUCCAAUACAAAAGGACUCUCGACACUGACACUCUGAUACCUCUGAUACCUCUGAUACCGUAA